GCCACCUCUCUUCCUAGACCGAGAAGAGCGGCCAACCCUUCUCUCACACAAUCCUGAUCGUUCAGUAGGAACCGGCGACACAAAGUACAUAUACAGGAUGGCGAUUCAUAUACAGUUUCAGUUGCGCUCGAACCUCAACUUGGGCAACUCGACAGAACAGCGAGCAACAGGACAGCCACCACCACAUUCAUCGCCUUUACGAUCACAAGAACGAAUACGAUUGACCUGACAUCAUGUCGCACAUCUCUGCAACCACGAAAGACCCUGCUCACUUUGAAUCCGACCUGGAACUCAAAUCCAACACCCUUCAGCCUCGUCCCGAUGUACCCCUCCCACAACAUCCACUCAAGAAAAAGGCCAUACAGACCUUGCUCGCAGCUGGAACUCUGACGAUGAUCGUCAUCUGGGCCAACGUGCUGUGGCUGUUCGGGUCGCUCUACAACGCGCACAGCUAUGUGCAUCGACUAGAGGUCUUGGUGGUCGACUUUGACGGGGGUUUGAUCGGAUCCGCCUUGACAACCUCUAUUCAGAGCAUCGCCGCUCGGCCAGGUGUUCCUACAUUUACCUUCUUGUCGGCCCGAGAGACGAGUUUGGAACAAGUCCGAGACAAAGUAUGGCAUGGGGACGUAUGGGCUGCGGUCUGGGCGAACGCUGGUCAGACAGAAGCCUUCAACAGCUACCUGACUACCAACGCCUCAUCCACAUCUGGGGCGACGCCUUCAUACGAUCCUUCGGCGGCAUACACCUAUACCGGUCUCCAGACCCGUUACUUUACAGUCUGGUCAUCCUAUGUGCUGCCCGUUCUCCUGGAGGCGACCGGUACGGCAGGUGGGAUCGUCAACACUGCGUUACAAUCCGUCUACCGCGACCGAAGCGGUUUCGAUGGUGCGAGGAGGAGCGUACUGGCCAAUCCUACCGGGGCGACUUUCGAGAAUGUUUCGCCGAUGCCGUUUACGGUUAGGGUAUUGUUGAAUACCGUCGGUGUCGUCAUCAUCAUCUUGUUCCAGUUCUUCUUCCUCAUGGGUCAGAACGGGAUCUUUACCGGGAUGGGACUGUACCGAAACACUUCGACAAAGACGCUCUUGACGCUCAAAUACCCUAUCAAGAUCGUCUGGACCUUGUUAACAAGCCUGAGCGUGGCGGGUCUCUGUCAGGUGUUCGACGAGGGGUAUAGGUUAGGCGGGAAGAAUUUCAUCGCGUUAUGGGCUGUAGUUUGGGUGUUCGCGUUGAUUAGUUAUUCGACGGUCGCCUUCCUCUUGGCGGUCAUCCCGCUGAGCUUUCUGACGAACUUUAUCUUGACUUUGAUCAUGACGUCGGUCGCUGCGACCGUAUUCCCCAUCGAUGUCCAGAACGUAUUUUAUCGGAUCUCCUACAUUUAUCCUUCACAUGCCUACUGGCAAGUCGCCAUGACGAUCUACGGCCGAGGUUCAUACAACCGUCUUUACAUCUACUUGCCGGUAUUGGCUACGUGGCUUAUCGUCGGGGAGAUAGUGUACUGUCUGGGCGCUGUCGUCUUAGCUAGGAAGUCGAGAAAGCCGGUGUCAGAGGAGGGUCAUUGAUAAACGGGUAACUCUGUAUCGUAUAACAAACGACUGUGUACCUAUCGCUACCGCUAGAAGUAUAGUAAUAGACCCGAUACACGUU